GUGCGUUUUAUUUUAGGUUGUUGGUAGUUCUUGUUAUUGACGUUGAUGACCUUGUGUUGUUAAGAGGUUGUGUUUUUAGUCUUUGUAUUUUCGGUUAAUGUUCCUUUUCUAUAUUUAGUAAUAGUUUUAGUGGAUCUUUCGUUUAAUACAAAGAUGGCUGCUGUUGGUGAUUUGUGGGUCUCUUGGUUUAGCUGUUGCGUAGCCCAGCCCCAGAAGAGAAGACAUCGAAUAGAUAGGUCAAUGAUAGGUAAUCCAACAAAUUUUCAACAUACAGGACACAUAGGAAGCAGGGACGUUGAAAUGCCUGGCGACCAAUUGAUAGCACUUCAAAAUCAAAUGAAAAGUAAAGGGGGAUAUGAAACACCAUAUAAGGAACCAGUUUGGUGUCAAUGAUUUUCCCUGCAAAUGCUACUUGAGUGUCAUAUUGUUGGGACCUAAUUUAUUAAUUUCGCGUUUGUGGUAUUAUUGAUAAUUUUUUAUUAUUAACAAUUUAACCCUAGUAUUUCAUUUUCUGCGACUGUACAUAUUAUUUAAGGUAUUCUGUUAUAUUAUUUUUAGUACAUGUACAUAUUUUGUUAUCCGAUUUAUAUUUAUAUAAUAAAACCUCCCUUAAUUUUUACUUAAGGGGGCGUACGGAUUAACAGGCUAUACAAUUUGCCUAGUUUAUACUUAAUUAUUUAUAUUUAAUUGGUAAUUUUCUUGUUUAAGACAUUGUGCUGUAUUUUUAGUUAUUUACUUGUGAUAUACAGAAUUAUAAUUAUUUUUAAAUGCACAAAACAAUGAUUUGCAAUAAUUUUGAUACACUGAGGUGCUUUUAUUAACUUUUUUGACUAUUAUUGUUGUAUUUUGCGCCAAAUUUUGUAUUUGUAUUAUUAACUUUCAAUUGUUUUUUAUUGAUCGCCAUUUUGAAUAACGGCCAUUAAAAUUGUAAUAAUAAAGUAGAGAUAAGAAAUGACCCAUACAUAAUUACUUUAAAUUGUAUAUUUCAUUUUAACAUUGAAAUUUAAUUGUUGUUUUAUAUUAAUUCAAGGACACAACAGUUAAUUUUGCAUGAUUUUUUAUACAAAAAGAAGACUUAUCUGCUAAAGACUAAAAAUUGUUCAAAUGUUUAAAAAUUAAUUGUGAAAACUUUCAUCUGUCACUUUUAAAAAUUUUGCAACAUUUGAACACAUUUCCUGUGGUAGCUCAAAACCCCAAAUCUGCCUUGGAAUUGUAUAUUUACAAAUUCAGUGAUUAAACUAAGUAGAAAUAUAAAAUUUACCCGAGACUGUUAAAUAAACCUAUUUACUGUAGAUUAUGUAUCUAUUUUUGCACUUUAAAACAUUAGAUUGCAAAUAGAGUAUUAUAUUUAAUAAGCCACAUAAAGAAAUGUACUUAUAUGUAAAUUUCUAUAUCUCCAAUAGACGAUUUAAGAAAAAUA